CGGAAGUUGUUGGUACAUGGCCGGAGCGAAUGAAUGGACGUUGUGAUGCACUGAGGUGCCUUUGCUCGCUUUGGUCAAAGAUGACGUGAACCUUUCAGCUGGUAAAUCAGCCGCACCGCGUCUGUCUUCUACGGUUUCCCGCCUGUGCUGGUCCCGGUACCAUGGCAACGAGGAUGAAGCUGAAGCUGAAGACCGUGUUCGUGCUCUACUUCAUGGUCUCCCUCAUGGGCCUCAUCUAUGCACUGAUGCAGCUCGGUCAGCGCUGCGACUGCACAGAGCACAACAUGCCCAAAGACCGUACAAUAUCUCGGCUGCGGGGGGAACUGCAUCGUUUUCAGGAGCAGUUAAGGAAAUCCGAGGCUACAAAGCAACCACAGAAACAGCCAGCUAAGCCAACCAUCUUUGUCAUCACCCCAACAUAUGCAAGGCUGGUGCAGAAGGCCGAGUUGACUCGUCUGUCCCAGACCUUCCUCAACGUUCCUCAGCUCCACUGGAUCGUCGUGGAAGACUCACCACACAAGACGCCGCUGGUAACUGACCUCCUGGUGAAGAGUGGCCUGACCCACACGCACCUACACAUGCCCACUGCCAAGGACCGCAAACUACAGGAGGGGGACCCCAGCUGGCUGAAGCCUCGCGGAGUUGAGCAGCGAAAUGAGGGUCUCCGGUGGCUCAGAGAGGACCGAAGGGCUCAGCCGGGAGGAGACAACCAGCAGGGAGUAGUUUACUUCGCCGACGACGACAACACAUACAGCCUGCAGAUAUUUGAGGAGAUGAGGAGCACCGAGCGGGUUUCGGUGUGGCCGGUGGGGCUGGUCGGAGGGAUGAAAUACGAGAGGCCCGUGGUCGAAGGAGGAAAGGUGGUUCGCUUCCAUACCGGCUGGCGUCCCAGUCGCCCUUUCCCGAUGGACAUGGCCGGCUUUGCCGUCUCCCUCAAACUGAUCCUUGCCAAUCAGGAGGCCUGUUUCGACGGAGAUGCGCCAAUGGGCUUCCUGGAGAGCAGCUUGCUGCAGGGAUUGGUCACCAUGGACGAACUGGAGCCCAAAGCAGACAACUGCUCUAAAGUUCUGGUGUGGCACACACGGACAGAGAAACCCAAGAUGAAGAGGGAGGAGGCUCUGCAGGCUCAGGGACUUGGCUCAGACCGUGCGGUUGAGGUCUAAAGAACACACAAACAAAUACAAACACACACACACACACACACACAAUGUAAAGCGUAGUCCAAUGCUGCAUAUGUAACUCAUGUUGUAAAUACUGUAAAACAGAUAUAUCUGUUGUACGUGUGUAUAUAUAUAUAUAUAUAUAUAUACUGAGUGAGUGUUACAACGUGGUAUGUUGUAUGUAUCCACUGUGUUUAUGCAGGUUUUCUUUGGUUUUUAGUGAGUCCGGCGUCCGGCAUUUGCCUGACGGGGGCGCCAGUUUUACAUUUCGUAUCGGCAUGAGGUUACACCACCGAUGCAUCAUUCCUUACAGCUUGAAGAACACUGUAUCUUAGUUCAUACUCCAUUGUUGCAUCAUUCGUAGUGUUCCACAUGCUUACUUGUGCUCAAUUUAAUUCCCGAAAUUCAUUCCUUUGAUAUUUUUCAUGGCUGAGCCUGAUAAGUGUCCGUAAACAUCCAUAGAGAAGCGUUUUGAGUCAAAGAAGGUCGCCAUCAUUGCAUGAUAAUACGUUUUAUACAACCUGUCCAAUCAAAAUGUGUGCAUUCGCCUCCAACGUAAUACUAUUGUGGAGGAAAAGGUGCAUUUUAUUUCAGUAAACAGUAUUCAACACACACAACAACAUAUAGGCUUACAAAUCUCACAAAUGAAUUAAGAACAAAGCUUUGGGGUGCUCGCCUUGUAUUUGUUAUGCUCUUACACAUCUGUGUUCCGGACGCAAGUGGUGCAAUGUGGCGACACAACACAACAACAAAUAUUACAACGCAAUGGUUCCACGCCCAGUGCAGCGUCAAUGUGACAGCUCAAGGCUGGUUUUCUGUAGUUUCAUAACGAGAAAGCGGAUAAAUAUGUAUAUAUUUUAGUGAUGCUUUCUAAAAACGUAACGGCUUGUGAAAUCAAUUUAGACGCCCAUAAUAAGGGAACCACACUACUGAAGCCCUCGUCAUUUAAUUAUGCAAUAAACACGCCCUGCCUAUGACGCUGCCUAUGAUCCCUUUUAAUGACAAGUAAAAGAUCUGAAUUAUUCUCACUAGGACAUCCCCGGGAUUUACAGUAGUAGUCGUUCAAUAGCACAUUUCAGAAAUAAGCUUAAAAUUUUACCACUUGAGCUGUGCUUGAUUAUUUUCCAUGACAUCCUCAGACGUUGGAUGAAUAAAGAGCAAAAUACCAUUUAAAGCUCAGAAGUGUUGCCCGGCUACCGUUGUGUGAUACUGUAAAAACCGCUAGUGUCUGCUUGAGUGUAAUUAGUGCCUGUAAGUCAUUCUCUACUGGUGUAUUAAGUAUUUAUUACUGUAAUAUUGUCCUUGAAAUCAAACAACAUGAUAAUGUGUCUUCAAAAUAAACCGACAUGAUGAAAAUAA